AUGCAUCGACUUUUUGCUGAGCUGGAGCCAUCUGUAACCGUCACCGAGCAAAACCUGGCAGACCGAGUUCGGUAUAUCUUGCGCUCAAAUACAUUUGUUAUUACCGAACUCGAACGGCUACGACGUGAGGCUGUUCCUUCAUCGGGUGAAAAUGCUGCGGUUGAGGAUGCGGCGCCACAACUUGCUGAGCAAACGGUAAAUGUAGAUGCCGCCGUGAACACGCCAGUUGUGGUUGAUUCUGACGAUGAUGGAACAGUCGCCCAGGAACUGGAACUAGAGCAAAUGAGGAGUACAUUGGAAGAGGCGAUAGUGGAAACGCGCAGUACGCCUCUCGAAAAUCAACCGCGACUUCCCCGCUUAGCCCUAAGCAAGCGGAAUCGGGCUGUCGUGAGGGCUCUGAACCCAAUGCUGGUUACCUAUUGGGAAGCCAACCAGGACCUUUGCGAGACGGACUCAAUUCUUUUUGGCGCCGCACUGGCGUAUUAUAGGCGCCAAACUUUCCACGGCUGGACGCGCUACUGGACAAAGUAG